UAACUUCAUACCAUUGACGCUCUCUUUUAGUUCUGGCCUUAGUUUUACCUCCCUCUCCCUCCCUCUUCUCUCCUCAUACAACUACAUAAAAAAAAGUAGAAGAAAACAAGAGCAAGAGAAAUAAAGAGAGUUCAAAUUAAGAAGAAAAUCAAGAAGAAGGAAACCAAUCAAAAGAUGGAGCUCUUCCCAGCUCAACCAGACCUCUCUCUUCAAAUCAGCCCCCCAAACAGCAGGAGCACGAGUGAUGAGCCCAUGGAUUUAGGGUUUUGGAGCAACAAAAACCUCAGCAACAACGGCAGCAACAGUGCUAGCACUAGCACUGUAGAUCUCUCCCUGGCAAACCCUAGCCCCCUCCACCCCCUCCAAAACCUCCAGCAGUACUACAAGCGGCACGAUAUCGGGCCGAUGAGGCCCAUUAGAGGGAUCCCCAUAUAUCAUGGGCCUCCACCGCAUCACCACCACCAUCAAACUUCUUCAUUUCCUUUCACUCAACAGUAUCAUCAGCCGCAGCAUUACCAUCAACAGUAUCAUCAGUGUGAGUCAUUGGUCCAGAGAUCAAGGUUCUUGACGAGGUUCCCGGCAAAGAGGAGCAUGAGGGCGCCGAGGAUGCGGUGGACUACUACUCUCCACGCUCGCUUUGUUCAUGCUGUUGAGCUCUUGGGUGGCCAUGAAAGGGCUACGCCUAAGUCAGUGCUUGAGCUCAUGGAUGUGAAGGAUCUCACCUUGGCUCAUGUGAAAUCUCACUUACAGAUGUAUAGAACUGUGAAAACCACUGAUAGACCACCAAAUUCUUCAGACCAAAAUGAACCUAUAGAGAUAUCAGACGAUAAUUUGCAUGACAUCCGUGGACCAGAACCUAUGCAAAAUGGGAAACCAUCAGGGCAAAGUGGCGAUAAUUAUUACGGAUUAUGGAGCAAUUCUUCAAGCAAGGGAAACUGGUUUCAUGACAAGACUAUUGAAUCCUCCCCCGGGAGCCUACCUACUUUUGAGAACGGCAUGCGAUAUUCUAAAAGUAUGGAGCUGAUAUCUGAUAUGAACUCUUCAUGCGUAUCAGAGCCAAGUGCAAAGAAGCCCAAUCUAGAGUUCACAUUGGGGAGACCACAUUGAUCACAUUUCAGUAGCAGCAUCAAAAGCUCAGAUCAUAAAAGAAUGAUGGUGCACCCUUCAAAAGAGUAGAAAGCAGAAAAAAGAGAGAAAGACAAAGAGACCAUAGGAGGCAAAAAGCUGAAAAAAGGAAAGAUGGAUAGCUGUGCAAAAGCUUGAGCUUACCAAACUUCAGAGAGAGAGAGAGAGCUUAAAGGCCAUGUUCUACGUGUGUAUAUGAAACAUGAGUCUUUUUUUUUAAUGUCUUAAAGAACAAAAGGGUUAGGGCUCCUUCAUUCUCUUGCAUGUGCACGUGCUUCGCUUUGUAGUUUCCCAACAAAGGGAAAAAGAAAUUAAAGGAUGAUAACUACUUAAUUUAGUAGGUAAUUACAUAUUAUAGUUGGAAUCA